CCUCUGUUUUCUACCUGAACUCCUCUUUAACGAACGUGAAAGCGAAAUAAUCUUGUAAUAGUUACCGCUCACAAGGGUUUUGUUUAUUUGUUUUGUCUUUUGUUACUGUUACUGUUACUUUUAGGGGGGGGGGGACACACAAUAAUGUGCACGGGUUGCUACCUUUUACGUCCGAGAGGGAAACGUGUACAAAAGACUUGUGAGUUUAAAAAGCCUACUGUAGCCCAGCAGCUGUGAAACUAACAUUUCUUUACAAGCGCCACGUUUUCUUUUCAAAUAUAAAAUAUAAUCCUGCUCACUGGCAACGUGCUUGGCUUCAGAUUUUUUUUAACCUCACUUGGAAAAAGAACAUGACUGUAGUAGCCAUGAAUUGGCGCAUGUUUCCACAAUACACUGUUCAUUUCACCGUUGUGUUAUCGGUAUACUUAUUCAUUGACCAGUUCUAUGUUCAGAAAGCAUCAACAGUAAGAGUAGCAUCACACUCAAAGUUAGCAUACAGUUCAAAUGUUCCUAAUGCGAGAUAUUACUUGCAGAAUCGACCCCUAAAUACCUCAUAUAAUGACUAUUCUAAUCAACCGCCAACUCACUUCACUACUGCUGAAAAGGACUGCACUAUUACUGUGGAAAGGCGCUUCGACUGUGCCCGGGAUCGCGCACUGUCCGAGGUGGAGUGCGUGGAACGAGGCUGUUGCUAUGUGCCCUCGCCAGAGUCUGCCUUUGGUGGGCCGCCUUGGUGCUUCUACCCAGUUUCUUAUCCCGGCUACAGGAUGGGGCCGCUUUCACCCACAUCUAGAGGUCAGAAAGCCACCCUGAGUCGCCCCACUCCUUCCUACCUCCCUCGGGACAUCUCCACACUGCAAUUAGAAGUAAUGCCAGAGGAUACAGGUCGCCUGCACCUUACGCUGAAGGAUCCCUCAUCUACUCGGUAUGAGGUUCCCUUUGUGGCAGUUUCAUCGGGCAGAGCUACAGGCAUGCAAAGUCGCCUCUAUGAUGUGGAGUUCCAGCCAGACCCUUUUGGCUUCAUUGUGCGUCGCAGAUCCAAUGGCCGGGUGCUGGUGAAUACAACAGUAGCACCCCUCCUUUAUGCAGACCAGUACCUUCAGCUCUCCACCUUGCUGGCCUCUUCUCUAGUUUCUGGACUGGGGGAGCACUACACCCAUCUCACACUGGACCUUAACUGGACCUCUGUGACUCUGUGGAACAGAGAUAUGGCACCACAUAGUGAUGCCAAUCUCUAUGGCUCCCAUCCAUUCUGCUUGGUCCAGGACGGUGAUGGUCAUGCCCAUGGGAUAUUCCUACUUAACAGCAAUGCCAUGGAAGUGUCACUGCAGCCUGCUCCUGCACUUACCUGGGUGACCAUUGGGGGGAUUCUGGAUUUCUACAUAUUCUUAGGCCCUGAUCCACAAAGUGUGGUCCAACAGUAUCAUCAGGUUAUUGGUUAUCCUAUGAUGCCGCCCUACUGGUCACUGGGUUUCCACCUCUGCCGCUGGGGCUACACCUCCACUAAUGCUACGAGAACUGUGGUGCAGCGCAUGCACCAGGCCCAGUUUCCUCUUGACGUGCAGUGGAAUGAUCUCGAUUAUGCAGACAAGAGGAGAGUCUUCACCUUUGAUCCAAAGAGGUUUGGAGAUUUGCCUGAGAUGGUGAAGGAGUUCCACCAGCAAGGAAUAAAGUAUGUGAUCAUUUUGGAUCCUGGCAUCAGCAGCACAAGUCCCCCAGGCUCAUAUAAACCCUUUGAAGAGGGAGAGAGGAGGGGAGUAUUCAUCAAAAACCUCACAGGACAGAUGCUCAUUGGAAAGGUAUGGCCAGGUGCAACCGCAUUCCCAGACUUCACUAACCCAGAUGCAGUGAGUUGGUGGGAAGAGUGCAUCAGAGACUUCCAUGCCAGUGUGUCAUUAGAUGGCCUGUGGAUAGAUAUGAAUGAGCCUGCUAGUUUUGUUCAAGGCUCUGUGUAUGGGUGCCCAGAUACUGACCUGGAGAAUCCCCCUUAUGUUCCAGAUGUGUUAGGUGGUCGGUUAAAUUCAGGAACCCUUUGCAUGACCAGCGUGCAAGGCCUAUCUGCUCAUUACAACCUUCACAACCUCUAUGGGCUGACUGAAGCUAUGGCCACCUACAGUGCGCUGCUCAAAGUGAGGCGCUCGCGCCCCUUUGUGCUCUCCCGCUCCUCGUUCCCUGGGCUUGGGCGCUUCGCGGCCCACUGGACAGGAGAUGUACAGAGUGACUGGGAGCAGCUGCAGUACUCCAUUCCAGCCAUGCUGCUGUUCGGGCUCUAUGGGGUUCCUCUGGUUGGGGCCGAUGUGUGUGGCUUCAGAGGGGACACAAGUGAGGAGCUAUGUGUGCGCUGGACCCAGCUUGGAGCCUUCUACCCAUUCAUGAGAAACCACAAUGACAGACCCAACACUUCCCAGGAGCCCUAUGUGUUUGGGCAGCUGGCCCAGGCAGCGAUGAGGAGUGUGCUGAUGCUCAGAUACUCUCUUCUGCCCUUCCUCUACACGCUGUUCCACUAUGCACACACCUCAGCCAGCACUGUAGCAAGGCCCCUUUUCCUUGAGUUCCCAUUUGAUCCAAACUGCCAAACCAUAGAUAGACAGUUCCUGUGGGGGAGUUCUCUGCUUAUCAGUCCAGUGCUGGAGCAGGGAGCUCUGGAGCUGGCAGCCUACCUCCCCCCAGUGACGUGGUACAGUUUGCACAAUGGACAACCUUACCAUAGCAGGGGGCAGUACCUGCUCCUUCCUGCUCCACUAGACACUAUCAACAUUCAUGUGAGAGAAGGGCAUAUUAUUCCACAACAGGUGCCUGCAUUAACAACUGCAGCUUCACGUAGUAACCCAUUCCUCUUGACGGUGGCGCUGUCCACAAAGGGCUGGGCCAGAGGGGAGCUGUUUUGGGAUGAUGGAGACAGUCUGGACACUUUUGAACAUGGAGAUUACUCCUACAUACUCUUCAUUGCAGGACAGUCUCAGGUGGUGAGUGAGCCAGUAAAACUGAAUAGAUCUGUGCAAGGUUUAGUUGUGGGAGAGGUACGAGUGUUUGGAGUUCCAACCCCACCUGCAGGUGUAUGGGCCAAUAGAGAAAAAGUCAUGGAUUUCUCUUACUGCUGGGACACCAUGGUUCUUAGAGUGCCUAAUCUAGCCCUCCCCAUAUCAGAGCCAUUCACAGUACAGUGGAGUUCAUGAGAACGUGAGAAGUCUCCGAUGCUACUAUUGUUUAUAUGUUGUAUAAGGUAAAUGUUAACUGUGAGGCCAUAAUGUUUUUAAUAAUCAGAAUUUACAUAAACAUCAGUAAUUGGUUUGAGUCAAAUGUACCAGCAUACACAAUUCUGGAGUACUACAGUCAAAACCCAUUAUAUAUAUCCAAUAAAUAAAUUGUUUUUA